AUGCUUCUUCUGACCCUCUUCCGCUAUUACUCUGUGUACUUCAACUUGAGAGCCACCGAGGUCUCGGCGGCUAAUCUACCCGACCUGAAGUCUAUCCUAUGGGAGGACAGUACAGCCAAUUCCGAAGAACCGCUGUCCCCGAGUCAUGAGCUCCUCGCCGCGUUCGCGGAAUCUCCGUUUACCAAUAUGCUUGAUCCGAUGGAUUGGCAUCGAACAUGGAAGACGCAUGUUCCAUUGAUUUCUUAUUCCAGUCCGACACCGUCACAAUCUUCAGCUUCGUCGUCUACUUCAAUCUCAAGGUCAACUUUCUUGCAAGGCAUGCCACAGAGUUGGCGAAAGGACGCGAUGGAACCCACAUACGACCAAGAGCCUCUAUCUAUCACGAAUCCAACUGCAAGCUCACCAAGCCCAUCACAUAAUAAGCGGCGCAAAUAUCCUCAAGAAGGACGUGUCCCCGAUAAUCUGAAUUCGGGCCAAUCGAGCUCAUCGCAGGAGCAAAGUCCUAGAGGAAGGAAAGCCAAAAGCAAUUUGAUAAAGUCAAAUAACUUGAGUUAUAUGCCCCAAAAUGAGAACAUUCAGGUCCACUCUGAGCUCCCAACACCCGUUAUCGACAAUAGCCCAGAGAUCGAAAUACUUACAGGUAUAUUGGGGAAUGGUCAUCAUGAAGUGAGCCAGCCGCCAGUGGCCAACAGUGAACCAGAUUUCGAGACGCUGCCCAGGAGACGAUCUGUCAUUAAACCACACCUUCCACCUGGUAAUUAUUUUUCAUCGAGAGGCCAACUUCAUCUGCAACUUCUUAGGGAAUUCUGGGAAGCGUUUCGGACAAAAGUACGUUCGAAGCAAUUUGAUGUUAGUACCCAUUGGACUCUGGCAAAGGGGGACGACCACCCAGAUUUGCCCUUUGCGAUGAUCGGCCGUCCAUUUGGGAGCGUAGGGAAAGUAUUCAGAGUCCUGCGUGGCUCAUCUGGUAACACUCAAGGAAGUACUGCUUUAGGUAUACUUUACAAGUUUUUGAUCGGAUGGAUAUAUUUCCAACACGAGGAGCUGUUAAAUCGGAGCGAUUUGGACAUACCAGUGUUCGCAUAUAGGUUGCAGCAACAAAACCUGUUGAGCUGGUUAGAAAAAGAAAUCUUUGAACCCGAUAACAGUCUUCCAAUCGUCGGGCUCGUCAACUCAUAUCCGCUCAGGUGGCAAGAUGAAAAAAUCGGACCUAUCCAGACAAUUUUAAUAAGAUAUUUCUCCCAAGAUGAAAGAGAGGAGGUCUCAGCACCCACCACUGCGACAGAAAUUUUGAAUGAGUUCUACGCACAGGGUCAUAGGUUCGAUCAUCUGGCCGCAACUUACCGCUUAGGAGUUUCAACGAAGGUGACCACUAGUUUGGACUUCCAGGACAUCGUGUCAUUUUUGCUCUGCCUGAUUGAAGAAGACGGUGACGCAAGAAACAGCUACUUUAUGCCGGGAAGAAUCAAUCCUGUGAGUCUGAGUGGAUCGGAAGUCCGGAUUUUUUCGUGGUACGACUCAGUCUUUGAGGGACACUGUGACCGUGCCGGAAUAGGGGACUACCGUUUAAAAAGUAUGCAUCCCAAAUUACCGAUGGCUAUGUACUUUUUCAAUAACAAAUCAGCUUUCCCAGUCGUAAGAGUUUUGAGAAAAUCAGAGAGAUCACCAUUGACAACAGUAGGAUUGGUUCACAUGUUCAAAAAACUCAUCAAAGCGAUAAAUUACCUCCACAUCGAAGUCCUGGAACGUUUGAAGAUAGAUGAAUCGGAGUUUAGUUCAAGAGGAAUAAAUUUGUUCCAGUGGCUUUUCAAGAGUAUCGCCCACCCUGAUGGGAGCAUUCCAGUGAUUGGGAUCAUUAAAAUUAAGAACAAUCUCGCGCCUUGGGACGAUAUGACUGAUGGGGUUCUAAGAUCGUUUGGACAAGUUCAGUUAAAGCUGAUCGAAUAUUUUUCGAACGAUGACACCGAAUUUAACUUGAAGGAUGCAGCAUCCUUCAUCACGACUUCUUGGUUUCAGGAUCAUCUGCCAAAGGACUUCUUGAAUCUUGCUCAAAUUUCUAUCAGACUCAUGCCCACUUCAUUUAUCCUACCCUGUCUUGAAACUGAACUCAAAUAA